AUGAAGAUCACGUCCGCCCUCCUCCCAGCCCUAUCCGGCCUGGCCGUCGCCGAGAGCACAGUCUCACUGCUCCUCUUCGCCGUCGACUACGACCAGGACCACGACGCCUCCAUCGUGUCCAGUGACGCGACCGCAACAACCUACAGCCUCACCUGCCCGACGGGCGUCAAGGGCUCCGACUGCGACGUCCUCAACGGUAUCACGGCCGUCGCUGACUCUGAGGACGGCUCGUAUACCUGGUGGGGGAGUGCCAGGGAUGGAUACAGCGCAACAUGGGCGUGCGGACCCUCCGGCACCGAGGAGGGCGUGUGCAGGAAGACCUCGCAGGGUACUGAUGUCGGGCUUACUGUCUACUUCACGAACUACCUCUCUGCUACGGUGACGGGGAGUGCGACGCCUACUGCGUCUAGUGGUCAAAGCACCUCCACCUCUACUUCUGCCUCCGCCGAUGCGUCCGAGGGGGCUUCUGGGAGUGAGAGUGAGGCUACACCGACACCUACCAGUGGAAGUGAGGAAGAGACUCCGACUGGGGGCGUUCCGAGGGUUACGGGGGCGGCGGGCUUGAUUCUUGGAGGUGCGGCUGUAGCGGUGAUGGGGGCUGUUCUGUGA